AUGGGAGGAGGAGAUUAUAGUCCGGCGACGAUCGCAUGGAACAAAAGACACAACACAUCGGCUCAGUCGACGAAAUCAAGAGCAAACAAAUGGAGCGGACUAGGUAACAACAGAAGAGCAGAUGGGAUACAUAGAAGGAUAGGAAAAUCUCUGUUCGUGGAUGGUUUGACCGAUCAAACUACUCAUCUACAAGUGAAGAAUGCAUUUGCAAGUUUUGGCAGGAUCCUGGGAGUCUUUGUACAAAACGUUAAACGAAAGCAACGGAGAAGCAAAUUUGGCUUUGUGCGUUUCAGCUUUGACUCAGAUGCAGAAGUGGCCAUGAGGCGAAUGAAUGGUUCUAUUCUCAACGGGGCAACCAUCAAUGUUUCUCUGGCUAGACUUCCUCAGGAUCAACAUACACGACCAAGGCCAACCGAUAACCAAUGGAAGGGAGUUUCGGAAUGGGGAGAGCACUCGAAACCAAACAAGGGUAACAGAAGGUCAACUAGGAAAGAAUGGAGACCCUUAAAGAGGAAUUCUCAAUCUGAUUACCCUUUGAACUAUGACACUCUCUUCCUUCCCUCGAUAGAAGAACAGGACCGUGUGAGUUGA